CGAGACACAUCCAAUGGUGCCAAAACCUCGGAACCAAAGCAAAGGCAGUGAGAAGUGAGAAGUAGAGAGAGAGAAAGAGCCCUUCCCUUUCUCUCUCGCUUUCUUUUGACGCUUCGUUGACCAAAUGGCUCUUCCCGACUCCUCCUCUCGCCGCAACUCCCUCAUCCCCUCCUUCAUCUACUCCUCUUCCUCCAAAACCCUACCUCUCCACCAAAUGCUCAACUCCGCCGCCGCCUCCUCCCUCGCGCCGCCGCCCGCGUCCGCCGCCGGAUCCCGCGGCCUCAUCAUUCCCUCUCCCAGCGAGUCCCGCAAGAUCGAGCUCUACUCGCCGGCUUUCUACGCUGCCUGUACCGCCGGUGGAAUCCUCAGCUGUGGCCUCACUCACAUGGCUGUCACUCCUCUUGACCUUGUCAAGUGUAAUAUGCAGAUUGACCCUGCUAAGUACAAGAGCAUCUCUUCUGGGUUUGGAGUUUUGCUCAAGGAGCAGGGAGUUAAGGGCUUUUUCCGUGGUUGGGUACCUACCUUGCUUGGUUACAGUGCACAGGGUGCUUGCAAAUUUGGAUUCUAUGAGUUCUUUAAGAAGUAUUACUCUGAUAUUGCUGGACCGGAGUAUGCAAGCAAGUACAAGACUUUGAUCUACCUUGCUGGUUCAGCAUCUGCUGAGGUUAUUGCUGAUAUUGCUCUUUGCCCCUUCGAGGCUGUGAAGGUCCGUGUCCAAACUCAGCCUGGUUUUGCAAGGGGUCUGUCUGAUGGGCUCCCAAAAUUUGUCAGAUCUGAAGGAACAUUAGGGCUGUACAAGGGAUUAGUGCCUCUGUGGGGACGGCAGAUUCCAUACACAAUGAUGAAGUUUGCUUCUUUUGAGACCAUUGUUGAGCUGAUCUAUAAGCAUGCCAUCCCCACACCGAAGAACGAGUGCAGCAAAGGUCUGCAACUUGGAGUCAGUUUUGCUGGUGGAUAUAUUGCUGGUGUACUUUGUGCAAUUGUGUCUCAUCCUGCUGAUAAUCUCGUCUCUUUUCUGAACAACGCCAAAGGAGCAACAGUUGGUGAUGCUGUGAAUAAGCUUGGUUUAUGGGGUCUCUUCACACGUGGUCUUCCCCUCCGUAUUGUUAUGAUUGGAACUCUUACCGGAGCCCAAUGGGGAAUAUAUGAUGCAUUCAAAGUCUCUGUUGGACUUCCAACCACUGGUGGUCCUGCUCCUGCGGCUGCUCCAGCUCCUGGUUCUGAGCUUGCAAAGGCAUAGAAUGUCCAAUGAUGACACACUCAAUAGUUUGUUUAAGAAACUUUAGAAAGCCGGUGAAUAGGGACCAUAAAUAAACAGAAGACUGCUGAAGUUAGCUUGAGUGGAACUCAAGCUUGGUUGGAUAAUAUUCUUUUCAAGUUCAGACAUUGUUUCCAUUUUUCUUAUAUUUGAGUAUUUUAAAUUUUUGGGAGGAUGGUUUUGCUUGCAUCCUUCCCGCUGUUGAAAACUCUAGCUAGGAAUGAUAUAAUUUUGCAUGUUAGGUUCACUACAUGCCUUUGUCAAACGGGAAUACACAUUUGUUUUCUUGUCUGUGCAUAAGCAUAGACGCAUAUGCAAUGUCUAGAUUGAGAGCUUUUUUA